GUGGUCCAGUCAUAUGACUUAUAUGAGCGCAGGUUUGAGACUCACUUCGUAGCGCUGCUGAACCGGGUCACACUCGGUCCGGGCGUCACUUACCGUCUGUCUGCUCAGAGGAACCGUCCACCCGUCCACCCGUCGCAAUGGCUGUCCGCGGUUGUGUGACCCUGCUCUUUAUUCUACUGAGUGGUAUUGUGCAUGCUGAAGAUCUGGUGACAUCGUCAUUACCUGCAACACAGGAGUUCAGUUCCAGCAAAAUCCUCUCCGGCAGUUCUUCUCCAACCACCUCCAAACAAUCUACAGCUGCCACUUCUACUGCUGUGACUACAGGUCCAACCACGCAUCACACCACCACUAAAUCUAUUACAGAACCUACAACUAUCCCUCAUCUCACCACAACUAAAUCUACUACUGAACCUCCAACUACCAUGCAUUUCACCACAACGAAUUCCACCACAGAAGCGCCAACUACCAUGCAUCUCACCACAACGAAUUCCACCACCGAAGCACCAACUACCAUGCAUCACAACACAACGAAUUCCACCACAGAAGCGCCAACUACCAUGCAUCACAACACAACGAAUUCCACCACAGAAGCGCCAACUACCGUGCACUCUAAUGCUACAACAGCUCCAACUCCUCCUCCGACCACUCCUCCUGUCCCCAACCCAACUGUUGGAAACUACAGCGUCAAGUCAGAUAAUGUCACUGUCUGUCUUUUGGCAAAGAUGGGCCUUCAGUUUAGUUUCAAAAUGAGUGAGAAUUCCAGCUUUCAGACUCUUAAUUUUGACCCAAGUGCUAAUGUAACUGAAGUGAGUGGAACCUGUGGAAGUGGUGGCAAUGACUCUUCCCUUCUGCUGAAGUCAGAAGAAAUCACAGUUCAUUUUGUCUUCACAAAUGUUUCACAGAAGUUCAAUCUACAUGCUUUGACGCUCUCUGUUAAUCUUGAAAAUGGAAACGUUUUCAAUGCCUCCAAUAAUAAUCUGUCUCUGUGGGAGGCAUCUGUCGGAAGCUCCUACAUGUGCAGAAAAGAGCAGAGUUACAACAUCACUGACAAGCUUACCCUCAACACGUUCGAGCUGCAAGUGCAGCCCUUUGCAGUCCAGAACAACAAGUUUAACACGGCGGAGGAAUGCUUUCUGGAUUCUGAUUUGAGUUUUCUCGUGCCCAUUGCUGUGGGUGUGGCUCUCAGCUUCCUAAUCAUCCUAGUGCUUAUCUCUUACCUGAUUGGUCGGCGGAAGAGUCGCACUGGUUACCAGUCUGUAUAACAACCCAAGCUGUUGCCGUCUUGCCUCUAACCCCGGCUUGUCCUUUACCAUUUAUAUUUGCUCCUCCUCCUCUCUCUUCUGGUCCUGUUGGCUUACUCUUUUAUCCUGCAAACUGCUCGACCCCCCCCCCCACCUGGCAGCACUAACCGCUGAUGAGACCCCUAUUUCUAACACGUUCGAUUGCAUAAUUAUAUCUCUGAGCUCUAAUUCCUCUUAUGGGAGUUUUGGUUUUUCUUGCUCCAAGGAUGCUCAGUUCUGGUUGCUGUGACUUGUAUUCAUGUGAACUCUUGUUAUGAAUGAGUGAUGCAAUUUUAGAAUUGGGAGUUUUUUUUUUUUUUAAGUUUAUUAACCAUUGAAUGUAAAUGCUCAAUUAGUUCUGUAAUUGUACUCUCGUGGAUCAGUUGUUGCCGAAAUUAGGGGUGAAAAGUAUCCUGGCGUAUUUUCUUUUCUUAAUCAGCCGAGCUAAUGAUAAGUCUCACUAUUGCACUUAGCACAUUGUAUUAUAAAGGGACUUUUUUUUUUUUACAUUUACCAGCAUCGAAUAUCAAGAUUUUGUUGAUCUCAUUAGGUCCCUCUCAGGGAAUGUUAGAAGUGUUAUGAUAGGCUUGUUAGUACAUGGGUUUGUCGAAUAUAUAUUUUUUUUGUCAUUUUCUCUGGACACAUGCAAACAAUGUACAAAAUCCACCUUUUCUAAGACCAAAGCUACAAGUUCCUGUGUAUGUUCAGUCUGCGCUGCAUAGUGACGAUAAUCCCCCCCCCCCCCCCAAAAGAAUUUAGCUAUUAAAACGAACACAAAGAAAAUGUUGUACUAGUGUGCCUUUUAGUUACAUUUCUUUGUUCCUUCUCUGUAGGGCCUUAAUCUGUCAGGUUAGGAAUGUUGGUUCCAGUUUCAAAGUGGGGGAAAAAAACUUCAAUAAAAUGGCCUUUUUUUUUU